GCUGGAGCUCAAAGCCCAGAAGGUGUAAAGGUUAACCCCAAAUGCAACUGUGCACCCUGCAUCCUGACAACCGAGGGAUUAUUUGCAAGGAAUUCUGCUCUUUGCCAUCACAGCUUUCGCACUUUGGGAUUACAGACCAUACGGAUCCUUAAACCGCUACAUCAGUCAGAACAAAACGGAUGUCAGUGUGGUGGUUAGAGAUGGGAGAGGGUCUGGGGCCUCUCUCCCCUGUAGGAUGGUAGCCGACGGCACGGUCGAAGGCCAUGACAAGACCCGCUUGUCAAGCUUGUCGUCAUCAUCAUCAUCCUCAUCCUUGUCUUCCUCCUCCUCCUCAACACUUCGCACCGAAGUGGAGCAGCUUCAGCGUCAAGCCAAUCAACACCGUAGAACGCCCUCCGUCUAUCUGACUCACUUUCCGACGUUCACCUGCAAGGAGGACUGCAGAAUCAUCACAGACACAGCAUCCAAGCUCGAGCGCUGCGGCUUCUACUGGGGUCCCCUGGGAGUGGAGGACGCUCACCGCAUGCUUCGGGACGCCCCGCUGGGCAGCUUCCUCAUCCGUGAUAGCCGUCAGAAAGACGUCUUCUUCACGCUGUCCUACCACGCCAAGACGGGACCGGUCAGCGUGCGCAUUGACUACAAGCGCCAGAAGUUCUCACUAGCGGGCAACCUGCGGUCUUUCCAAACACUCUUUGCCCUCUUGGAGCAUUACAUCAAUUCUCCUAAGAAGAGCUUGAGCGUCCCUUACAGGAAAUGGGAACCGACGCUGCAGGAGCUGUGCAGGAAGCGCAUCUUGGAGCUGUGUGGAGGGGCAAGCCAGGUUCCAGAGCUGCCGCUCACACAUGUCGCCCAAGACUUUCUGUUGGAAUUCCCUUACAAACUGUAACCAGCUUACCAUACAAACUGUUGACAGUAUUAUUUAUAAUUUCAAGAAGGUCGCCCUUACCAAGUAACAGCAAGGGAUUGGUAAA